GUGGUCUUAACUUCAAAUUCAUCGGAGGUUUCUAGUGCAAAUUCAGUUGAUAUGACGACGUCAAAUUUAACAGAGAUCUCAACUUCAAAUUCAACAGAAGUCACAAUCUCAAAUUCAACGGAAGUCCAAACCUCAAAUUCAACGGAGAUCCCAUCUUCAAAUUCAACGGAGAUCACAACCUUGCAUUCAACGGAGGUUCCAACCUCAAAUUCAACGGAGAUACCAACUUCAAAUUCAACGGAACCUCUUAUGUCAGAUUCAACUGAAAUCUCUAAUUCACAUUUGAUGGACACUGUAACUUCUGGUUCAAUGCAAAAUCCAAGUUUAAAUUCAACAGAGACCACUACUUCACACUCUGUUGAGAUCCCGACUCCAAAUAUAGUGGAAAUUCCAGUCUCUAAAUCAACUGAGACUUCAACUGUACAUUCAAUGGAUAUUCCAUCCUCGAAUUCGACCGAAGUUUUGCCCUUAGAUUCAACUGAGGUUGCAACUUCACAUUCAAUGGAAUCUUCUACUCCAAGUUUGAUGGAGACCUCAUCCUCAAGUUCACCAGAAAAUUCAACUCUAAAUUCUUCAGAAACAUAUGUGUCAAAUUCUUUGGAAAGUGCAACCUCAAAUUUAAUGGAAGCUUCAACAAUGACUCCAUCAGAAACUUCAACUUCAGUAGAAAACACCUUCAGGCCGGUAGUAUUCCCUCCAUCGCCACCAACCUCAAAUUCAGCGGAAAGUUCGGUUUUUAACUCGGUGGAGAUUUCAACCUCUAAUUCAAUUAUUGAGACAUCAGCAAAUUCUUCUGAUACUACCACCUCAAAUUCAUUGGAAAUGUCAACUUUAAAUGCGUCAGAAUCCUCGACAUCUCAUAUUAUGGAGACUACCAUGAAUUUUUCAGAGUCACCCUCCUCAAACGUAAUCGAAACUUCUACGAAGUCUUCAGAUGACUCAACCUCAAAUUUUAUAGACGGUUCCACAGAGACAUCGGUCGACAACUCAGCGGAUAGUUCAUCAGACCACUUGAUAGAAACAUCAACGGACAUGUCAACAACGGAAAAUUUAACGGAGGCUUCAACUGAGAAUCCAACUGAAAAUGCGCUGAACGACGAAACCACCACUUUCACUACCACCAACGCUGUUGACGAACCUAAAGGUAGAGCUCUGAACUUCUCUGUUGAAGAAGAAAAUCCAAGAAACGUGCUAUCGAAUAUGUCUCACCAUCACGAUGAGGACAACUCAGAUGAUGUUACAAUACACGACGACGAUAAUUUCAAUUUGGAUGUGGAUUCGCUUGAUUCGAAAAUAUUGGCUCCUAAGAACCAGAUUCACAACUUUUCCCUUAGUGUUUGUGAAAAAGGUGGAUUAACUUACGAAAACGGCGAAGAAUUAGAAUUAGGCUGUGAGUCAGUGUGCACCUGCAGGGAUGGUAAAAUGGACUGCAAGGACAGGUGUUCGGGUCCAUAUUUCAGAAGGGGAAAGAAAAUUGACGACCCCCUCUGUAGCGCGAAGGAAGUUUAUGAUCCCUGUUGUUCUAUUUUAGUAUGUGCAGGAGAUACAGAGACUGAACCACUAGAAAUCUGCACCUUUGAAAACAAGACCUACAACAGGGGAGAUACAUUUGAUAAAGGAUGUACUGAAGCAUGCGCCUGUGAAGCUGCUGGAAAAAUCACUUGUAAACCAAGGUGUCCUCCAGUAACUAAAACAUCAGACAGAUGUGUGGAAGUACCAGAUCCUAAUGAUUUUUGCUGUUUGAAAGUCCUGUGCGACGUUACUCUAGACGAACAUGAUACAGAAAAAGAAGAAGAAAAGGGAAAACCUAGGCUACUAUCAGCUAGGUACGUUAAUAUGACAGCCAUUUUACUUACAUUUGACUCCAAUAUGAAAUUUGACGACCACGAAAACCUACCUAUAGUUGAAGUCAGCAAUGACAAAAACGAUUGGAACUACUAUAAACUUUUGCCUGGAGGAAUUGUCUUUGUGAAAAACAGAGUCAAGUACCUAAAAAUUGAAAACACGGAUGAUGUAGUAGAGGUUGAGGAUGGUGACUUGGCAUCCCCAUCAGACUCUGAACAAAAUUCUCACUCAGAGUCUGACUUAGCUUUACAGUUUGACGACGGGCAUGAUCUACAAUUCUCUGUAACGUCAACGGAUAAUUCAGUACAUUGUUUUUACAAAAACAGGAUGUUUAAAGACGGUGAAGAAUACAACGACGACUGCGAAUCUUUAUGCAAAUGUCAAAAAGGUGAAAUGAAAUGUUUAAAGAUGCAGUGCCCCACAUACUUUGGGGUAGACGUUCUAGAUUCCAGCUGCAUAGAAUGGGAAACUAUACCAGUAGAUUUCGUGGCUUCGCCUCCAAAUUGUUGCCCGGAAAAGGUUCGUUGCAAAAACAAUGGCUCUUGUGAAUACGAAGGAAACAUGUACAAAAACUGGGACCUGAUACCUAGCAACGUCACAGGAUGCGAUAAGAAAUGUUACUGUGAAAUGGGCACCGUCGAAUGCCAAAAUAUUUGCCCACCAGUGACGGCCUUACCGCCUCCGACUCUGGAGUGUCCACCAAGCCUUGCAAUGGUCGGUCAUGUGCCAGACGAUGACUGUUGUAAGUACUGGAUUUGCAACACGGAGACUCAUUCUCCAGGUAAUGACGGACAAAUGCUUCCAGAAUCAUUCCCUGGUUUACCAGGACAACAUCCUCAGGAUGAGAUUAUUAUACAGUCUCUAGAAGCGGUGGAUCCGCAUAAGGUUCGACUUGCGUUCACUGUUCCACAUAUAAUAGUAGGUCUACACGGAAGGUUUGAAGUUCGAUACACACAUAACAAAGAUGAAAAAGACCUGGAUUCGUGGAUGCUCACCGUAUUCGCACCACCAAACGACCUGAUAGCAACUCCAUCACUCGAGUUCGAUCUCACGGACCUGAAGGCUGACACCGAGUACAGCAUAAAGAUCACGGUGACCCUGCGUGACCUCCACAACAUGCCCACCAGCAAAGUAUAUAAGAUAAAAACGCCCAAGGAAGCCGCACCCCCAGUAAUCCCAAUAGAUCCGGAUCUGGCUAUUACGGACAUAAACGCUACUUGGGUAACAGUAGUAUGGAGGGCCUUUACCCAGUACGAACUGCAAUUCAUCGAUGGCAUUCAGUUGCGAUUUAAGGAAAUCGAUGGCAGGAUAUACACAGCGACACCUCUAAUUCACAGGGCGGUUACUAGGUACACUUUAGAAAACCUCAAGUCAAACACAAAGUACGAAAUUGGUAUUUACUUUAUACCUUUCCCGGGUCAGAUGACCGAGUUACGUGCUGAGAAUAUGCUGCACUUCACAACGGCCAAUGAAAUUGACACGUACGGGUUCAAUGUUACUUUGGACAUCUCUCAAAUUAAGUCACAGAGCGUGGAGAUAUCUUGGAAUGGGGUACCUUAUCCGGAGGAUAAAUACGUCAACAUCUACAGGGCUAUUUAUCAAAGCGAUUCUGGUAAAGAGGACCAAAGUACUUUUAAAAUUGCUAAGAGAGACUCGCCUACCAAAACCAUUAUUAGGGACCUUAAACCAGGUACCAGAUAUCGGUUGUGGUUGGAAGUAUAUCUCACUAAUGGCAAGAUUAAGACUAGUAAUGUGGAAGACUUUAUUACGAAGCCUAGAGUAGCUCCAGCUCUUGGUUCUUCCACUCAACAAGAUAAACUGUCGAGGGCGGAAAUCUUAGAAACGAAAGGAGACUAUUACGGGCCUCUAGUAAUAGUUGCAAUACUUGCAGCAAUUGCCAUUUUGAGUACGUUAAUACUGUUACUAAUUCUGGUCCGAAGACACAAUCAGAACAAAGCUGCGAUAACACCUCCGUCAACGAGAAUUAGCCAGUCUGCUUACGAUAAUCCGACGUAUAAAGUAGAAAUUCAACAGGAAACAAUGGGAUUAUGAAGAUCCCCAAACCAGAGACAUUCCAACAUUUGUAUAUAUAAUUUAGCCAAUAGGUUAGAAUUCCUAAUAAAAGUCUAUUUAAUA